GGCACCCCGCAACCUGGCGAGCACCUGCUCGUGCACCAACCAGGCCUCAAGCCAUGUCGGCUCACUCCGCCCCUCAAGCUGCCGACUCGGUCGAUGCAAGCAAAUACAAUGGCCCUGUCGAAAGAGCACCCUCGACGUGGACCAAGGCUGACCUCAUAGCCCAUGUCAAGACAGGCAUGCAAGUCGAGCUGGGCACCUUGCCCAUCUACUUCUGCGCUCUCUACAGCAUCCACCCUGACGAUGGCCAAUGGGGCACAAAGGCACGCAGCAACAUCAUGGCCGUCGCCGAGCAAGAGAUGCUGCACCUCUCCCUUGCCGGCAACAUGUUACGCGCUCUCGACGGCACCCAGAAGCUGUAUGAUAACAACUUCAUGCCCACCUAUCCAAGCCAGAUCCUCUUUGACAAGGUCGACAUGAAGCUCCAGCCAGCGAACAAAGAGAAUCUCGAAUGCUUCCUCAAGAUCGAGGCGCCUUACAUGAAGCCUCCUGAGCUGCCUCCUCCCGAUGGGCUCGCAGUACGCAUCGCAGUACUCCCGGGAUACAACAGCAUUGGCGAGUUUUACAAGGAGCUCGAGCACGGCAUCCGCGCCCUCUGCAAGGACGGCCAGAACCCGUUCACGAGCAACCCCGAGCAGCAGUUCCGCGGCGACGACUUUUUCGACAGCAAGAUGACCGUCGUCCGGGACGAGCGCACGGCGCUCGAGGCGCUCGAGACCAUCGUCGACCAGGGCGAGGGCAGCAUCGCCGUGCCCGAGUCGCACUACGCCAUCUUCGUCGAGCUCUACCAGAUGCAGACCGAGUGGACGUGCACCGCGUACGUCGACGAGCCGUCGACGGCCAAGUACACCGGCCACGACGUCGCCUACAACCUCUCACUCGCGCUGAACGCGUCCUACUGCUACCUGCUGCAGACGAUCGACACUUACUGGACGCAGGCGGGACUCGAUGCGCCGCGGCGCGCGCAGGUGCUCCGCAACAUCCACCGCAUCAUGGUCGCCGUGCUCUCGCCGACGGCGCACGUGCUCGUCAAGCAGGAGAUCACGCCCGGCCGCUUUGCCGCGCCCUGCUUCGAGUUUUUCCCGCCUGCCGACCCGAACAAGCCCGACGCGCCCCCGCAGCCGAUCUCGCCCGAUGCACUGUACCAGGGCAUCCAGGCCCACCUCACGAGCGCACGCGAUGCGGCCACAGAUGCGGCGCUCAAGGCGGAGAUCGGGAAGGUGUUGUUCAAUACGAACGGGCUCGGGCCUGCGUAGCUCGGCUGGAGCAUGGGUUGUACUAGCAAUGAAGGUUGUGAAUGAAAUGUUGAUCAGACGUCGUCGUCCCUGAGACGGCU